AUGGAGCCGGCAAACAGCACGCGCUUUGAGAACAUCGCAAGCAAAAUGUGCCGAAAGGAGCGCGUCGCCGAGGAGCUGAGAGGAACAGCGUACCGGCUGAAUGACGUUCCAGAAGCUUUGCAAGAGGCUAGAAGUCCCUCGGGGGCAGCGGUUGUGGAAAACGCAAUGGAGAAGCUGAAAGCCGGGAAGAACAACAUCAAGGAAAAACAAGGUCAUGAUCUGGACAGGUUGGCCCUGAAACGGAAGUCAGAAAGCAACAAUAAGCCAGGUGUGAGGAAAGAACCACACCUGAUGGAGCCUGAGAACCAGGCCCUCCCUGUGCUGCUGCCCCACAUCCCCCUAAAAAGCCUGAUGGAGGUCGAAAUGAAGUUGGUGUACACAGAUGAAGAGGAUGUCACCUAUGAGUUUCUGGCAGCCCAAGUGCCCCUACCCAACACUCAGGCCAAAUGCCCAGGGUCUGUAAAUGUAGAUUCCCCAAGGCUGCCUGGCAUGAGCAGGCAACCACAGAUGGACAAGUGGCUUCAGGUGUCCUUAAAGGAUGCCAGCACUUGCUACAGGCAGAAGAAGUAUGCUGUGGCAGCGGGACAGUUCAGAACAGCCCUCGAGCUUUGCAGCAAAGGUGCAGCUAUAGGGAAGCCCUUUGAAGCCUCUCCGAAAGACAUCUCAAGUAUUGCCAGUUUUAUUGAAACAAAGCUUGUAAUCUGCUACUUGAAGAUGAGGAAGCCCGACCUCGCUCUGAAUCAUUCGCACAGGAGCAUAAUUCUGAACCCAGCCUAUUUCCGUAACCACCUUCGCCAAGCUGCAGUGUUCCGAUGCUUGGAGAGAUAUUCGGAGGCUGCAAGGAGUGCCAUGGUUGCUGACUACAUGUACUGGCUGUCAGGAGGAAGUGAGCAGCAUACCAGCAAGCUCAUCAAACUGUAUUGGCAGGCUAUGAUUGAGGAGGCCAUCACAAGAGCCGAAUGUUUUUCAGUGAUGUACACGCCAUUUGCAGCUAAAGUAAAACCUGAAGAAGUAGACAAGUUGAAGGAAGCUUUCACCAGAAAACACCCCGACUAUGUGGAAUACAUAUAUACAGACCCUCAUGGACUUCACAGUUUGCCACAGACAGCCAACUGGUCUUGCCCUUCUCCCCAGUGUUAUUUGCUGACCCUGGGCUUCAAAAACAAGGAAGUUGGGAAAUUUCUGGAAAAGAUGUCCAGCAGGAAGCUGCCGGCAUUUUCGGAGCAUAAAGCUCCAUUCAGUCCUCUCACAAAAGAAGAAGCAAGGAGACACCUGGAGACAAUUGGAAAAAGAAUCUUGCCAAUAAUGGAUUUCAUCAGAGGCACCAAACUGACUGAGACUUUCUGCGCAUGUUCGGGGGUGAUAGAGAAGCUGCAACAUGCCAGCCUGCUUGGCCGUUUGCAGCGCAUCAAGGAGCAAUCGCAAGUGAUCAACCAAGCCAUGGCUGAGCUCUCCACUAUCCCCUACCUCCAAGACAUCAGCCAGCAGGAUGCUGAACUGCUGCAGUCACUAAUGGCAGAUGCCAUGGACACCCUCGAAGGAAGGAAAAGUGAUAAAGAACGUGUCUGGAAUAAAAUUCAGAAGGUUGGAAUAAUAGAAGACUUCUUAUACCAAUUAGAAGAUAGUUUCUUAAAGACCAAAAAACUCAGAACAGCAAGGCGGCAGAAAAUGAAAAUGAAGCGGCUUCAAAGCAAACAGCCAUGCUAG